CAAACUAUUUGUUCAGUGAUUGUUGGUUUGUUUGUAAAUAAUAGAAUUUAGGAGUCGUUCUGUGACAUCAUCAUUCUGUGACAUCAUCAUUCUGUGACAUCAUCAUUCUGUGACCAGCUGAUUAAAGCCAUGACAUUGUUGCCGUUGAACUUGGUUUUUCCGUUCCAUGGCAGUUGACCUCCGACGUGUUGCAGCUUCACAGUGUCAUCUGCAUAAAGAAAUACUAAAAUAAUCCUGGACGUUUCAGCCGCUGACUUAGCUAACCAACUACCUACUAGUAUAACUACUUACCCAAAUUAACCACCCUAACUAACGCAGUUACCCAACGACCGAGUUCACUGUCUACACACAACCUACCCUAACCCAGUAGCUACCUACUACCUGGGCCGCUGCCCACUGAGCCACCUAGCAUUCAGCCUAUAAAUACAGCGCGUGAGAAAGAAAGCCGACAUGUGGCCGGCAACCGCAGAAGAAACGCUAGCCUUUCAGACUGAGAUGAUAAGAGACCUUCACGUCCAGCUAGAGACUGAGAGACAAGAGAAGAGGACACUGGAGGACGUCCACCGUCAGGAGGUGGGAAGACUCGAGGACUCCAAACUGGAACUCACCGAGAAGCUGGCCGUUGAGGAGGACGUUAGCUACAAACUGAUGACACAGUCCGUCCUGCUCACCGGAGAGCUGCGGACAGAGACCGAGAAGAACCAGGUUCUGUUAGACCAGAACGAGUCCUGGAUCAAGGAGAACGAGUCUCUGACCAGAGAAAAUGAGUCGCUUGUAACAAAGUCGCAGAUGAAAGAGAACGAGUCUCUGUCCAAGGAGAACAAACGUCUGUCCACAGACAAACAGGCUUUGACAAAGAAGAACCAGUGUCUGUCCAGAGAAAACAAGUCUCUGUUGAAGGAGAACAGGUCCUUGUUACAGGAGAACCAGACUCUGUCCAAAGAAAACAAGUCUCUGGUCUCCAAAAUGGAUUCUUUUUCAGUGGACGUCAGGCAGCGGCACCUCCAAGGCCUGCGUCUGGAGGUGGCGCUCCUUCAGGAGGACAACCUGGAGCUCUCCAGUGGACUGCGGAGUGAGACCAAGAAGUGCGAGUUCCUGUCAAAAGCUAACAUCUCUGUGAGCGCUGAGCUGGAGCUGGAGCGAGUCUGGAGUCAAGAACUGAAGACGGAGCUACGGAAUCACAAGGAUGUCCAGCAGAGGGCGUGUGCUGCCGUGGAGCAGUCCAGAGACAUGAUGAAGUCUCUGUGGCAGGAGGUGAAUGUCCUGAGAUCAGCCAAUCAGCAGCUCUCUGCCAAACUGCAGGUGGAGGAGGAGCUGGGUGUUCAGCUCCAGGCUCUAAUCAAAGCCAUGUCUGAAAACCUGCAGGAGGAGAAGAACAGGAGGCUGGAGCUCCAGCAGGAGCUGGAGAACUGGAAGGUGGAACGAUCCAAACCGGUGGUCCAACUCCAAGCUAGGAGACACGCCUUCAUCCAGCCCGAGGUCUACAGAGGGGAGAGCAGCAGUCCUUCAUUCCUACGACGGGUCUGGGGACGUUUUGGAAGGAGGAAGAAAGCAGCGGUUCUGUGGCCGCCUCGUGUGUCAGGACUCCACAGCCGUGGUCACAGGAAGCCCUUCACAGAACAUGACAAUGACAAACCCGUUUGUUCAACACUUUGACCCUGACUUGUCGACGAUCUCUGAACAUGUGAACCAGGGCUCCUCGUGGCCCUGCGUCUCCUCCAGAUCCCUGACAGAUCUUCUUCAGAAGACCUCUGGACCUCUCCUAGAACUGAAGGUUCACUGACUGAUUUUCACUUCCGGCUUUUUCUGUUUGUUGAUGUGACAACUAACACAAGAACUGAUGAACAGCAGAAGAUACAACUGUCAGCUUCAGAAUCAGAACAACAAUCAUAAAUGUUGCCAUGUUCCCAUUAAACCCAGACUGAUGACGAACAUAAACUCACUCGAGCUCUGUGAUCUGUGAUUUUAGUGUUCAGAGUCAUAGGAGGUGAUCCACUGACUUUGUUCUGAACUAAAAUCUCUGAUUUUCUCCACUGACUUUGUUCUGAACUAAAAUCACUGA